AUGGUUCACCCAUCACUUUGCACGACACCAGCGCUCGUGCGCACUGGGGUCGAAAUGGAAACACGGAAUCCAAGCCGCAAUCUACAUUUAUAUCGACAUCGUAUGAUACCUGUUCUCUCUAUAGCUCACGCAUCAUCAGUUGUACGCACUGGUGUCGAUGAUCAUAAACACGGAGGGAUGGUCGCCUUGACUGACAACAGAAAACUAGAUCAAGUGUUCGAAGUUCUUAUCAUGACUGAACGAUCGGAUGUGUACUUGUUGCUUACAUCCACGUACAAAAUUGAUCCUCACUCAACUAUCCUUCAUCCUCAGCACAAUCGUCAAUCGACCGGGACAUACCCUCAGGGAUGUCCAUCUCUUGAAUCUGUUGGUGGAGAUUGUUGGUUAGAGAAAAGUGACGUAAUGUCAAUCUUUAAAUGGUAUGAAACAAACACCAGUAAUAUCAGCAAACGUCUGCAAGAAUCAAGGGGGACAGGUAGAUUAUUAAUGGCAGUGGAGGGAGAUGGAGGUAGGAGUACUAUGUAUGUGGCAGUAUCGCUUUUUGAUAACAAGCACCCAAUUAAAUCAAUAACGUCCAGUAGCAUUUGUAUGGCGGGUAGAAAGAAAAUGAGGAAUGGGUCUAAGGAACAUUUGUUGAUAGAAUGUUUAUUAAGCUGUUUGUUUGCUGGACAGGAUGAUGUGAUCGCAACACAUAAGGAAGGACGUGACCAUGGGAAGACUGGAUAUUUGGCUGAUCCCAUUGCCAUGCGAUAUCAUCGGACUUUCGGUAUGAAAGCUUGCAUUAUCGAGUUCUUAUAUAUCCUCAAGACUUUACAUAUAAUGCUCACUGAUGAACGUAAAAUCUUAAAACAUCCUCUUCCCUGCGGUUUCAGAUAUAAACAACCAUCUUCCAACAUCGGAUUGUCCAUAUGUCAUCGCAUUCGAGGACUG